GCUCACUGUUUCAAAUUUUCAGCUAAAUCCUCUCUCGCAUAAAGAAUCAAAAGCUUAAAAAAAAUGGCAGACGAAACACUCCGAACAUGCCCACCAGAAGCCACCGUAGAUCCCCCGCCGCCGCCGUCGACGGUGGAGGAGGUCGAAACGCCACCGCCGCCACAAGAAGAGUAUCCCAUCUUCGAACCGCCGCUGGCGUCGGUGGCGCUAGACGUGCAAGAAAAAGACACCGCACUCCCCUCACCGCAGCUCGAAGUUGAAGAAGAAAAGCUGAUAGACGCAGUAACUAUUACACAGAAAGAAACCCCUUUAGUGCCGACGCUGUCGUCGGUGGCAUCGUCGCUCACGGAGGAGCACGUCACCGUCACCGCCGCGGCGCCGGUAUCAUCCCAGCCGCUGGCUGCUGCUCUAGCCGUACCCCAAGAAUCCGAUUCACCAAAAACCCAAUCGAAAGAGUCAAUUGAACCCGAAAAGGAGUACCCGGUCGAAAAGAAAAAAGCCCCAGAAUCAUUCGCUUCUUUCAAAGAAGAAAGCAACAAACUCUCAGAUCUCUCAAAUUCCGAGCUCAAAACCCUAGAAGAGUUCAAACUAUUAGUCCAAGAAGCUCUCACUAACGGUGUCUUCACUGCAGCCUCGCCGUCAGAAACUUCCGUUACCACCACCACCCCCGAAGAAGUCUCCAUAUGGGGUAUACCCUUGUUGAAAGACGACAGAAGUGACGUCAUCCUCCUCAAAUUUCUCCGUGCCCGUGAUUUCAAAGUCAAAGAAUCUUUCGCCAUGCUCACGAACACGAUGAAAUGGAGGAGGGAUUUCAAUGUUGACGAGCUGGUGAAAGAGGAUUUAGGAGAUUAUCUCGAAAAAGUUGUGUUUAUGCAGGGGCACGACAAAGAAGGCCACCCCGUGUGUUACAAUGUGUACGGGGAGUUUCAGAACAAAGAGCUGUACGCCAAAACAUUUUCCGACGAGGAGAAGCGGAACACGUUUCUGAGGUGGAGGAUUCAGUUCUUGGAGAGGAGUAUUCGGAAAUUGGAUUUUAAUCCAGGUGGGGUUAAUACGAUAUUUCAGAUUAGUGAUCUGAAAAAUUCGCCUGGACCGGGGAAACGGGAGCUUCGUAUUGCUACUAAGCAGGCGCUGCACAUCCUGCAGGAUAAUUAUCCGGAAUUCGUCGCGAAGCAGGUCUUCAUCAAUGUUCCAUGGUGGUACUUGGCUUUCUAUACGAUGAUUAGUCCCUUCCUCACUCAGCGAACGAAGAGCAAAUUCGUAUUCGCCGGUCCAUCGAAGACUGCCGAUACCCUUUUCAAGUAUAUAGCACCAGAACAAGUGCCAACUCAAUAUGGUGGCCUAAGUGUAGAUUUCUGCGAAUGCAACCCGGAAUUCACCGUAGAUGAUCCUGUCACUGAAAUCACCGUUAAACCCGCAACUAAGCAAAUUGUCGAAAUUAUCGUAAACGAGAAAUGCACGCUUGUUUGGGAGCUUCGUGUGGUGGGGUGGGAAGUGAGCUACAGUGCGGAAUACGUACCGAAUUCCGGAUAUACUGUGAUUAUAGAAAAGACGAGAAAGCUGCUUCCGAGCGAUGAACCGGUUAUUUCGAACAAUUUUAAUAUAAAUGAGCUGGGUAAGAUACUACUCACCAUUAACAACCCUACUGCCAAAAAGAAGAAACUGCUUUACCGGUUUAAGGUUGUACCUUGCAUCGGUUGAGGUACAAGCGUACGAAGCUCUAGUUUCGGCCUAAAGAUGUGUUUGGUGUUUUGUGUAUUUCAGUUGUAGAAUUAUUGUUGUGAGUGAAGGGAAGAAGGGUGAAUUUUUGUUUUGAUCUUUUGUUUGUUUGUUUUGUAAUGAAGCAUUUGAUUUGAUGUGAUUUUAUAAUUUUAUGUGGCAGUGGUUGCUUAGACCUUUUACCUAU